CUCUCUCUGGCUUUCUUUCUAACCCUGUCCCCUGAGAUUUCACGCUUUCAUCUUUUCUUAUGGUCGAGGCAGUCACACACCCAUAAUAAAACGUUUUUAUGUCUAAUUAUAAGCUAAACCAUUGCUUUAUUAUUUUAUGCGCUGGUAAGGUUAGAAGAAUCGAAGGAUAUCGCUUUGCCAUUACAUUUUUAUUCAAUCUUCAACGAUCAACCUUUGUCUUUUUAUUUAAUCUCCCAUUCUGCAUUUCUCAUUCUUAUCGCCUUGCAGAACGAAUCUCUUGGAGUACUGCCUAGUCUAGUCAUUGAGACACAAGCGGCAUUCUCACCACGUUUCAACGGACACUCACGGAUCAAAUUUAACCACAUUCGGUCAAUUCGUCUGUGAUUCGAAUAUCCGAUAUUGGAUAUUGAAAAAGAGGUUAAUGUUUAGGGAUAUUUUCAGAGCUGGUUGUGACCAGAGAAGACAGAAAGGAUGGGAUAUGGAAACAGAGCCGUGAAAGGAUGUGCAGUGUUUCUAUGGGUCGCCUCCGUCGUUCUCUUAGCGGAGAGCAGAAGAGUAAAGCAACCCAGAUGUCCUGCAUCUUGUACCUGUACUAAAGAUAAUGCCCUGUGCGAGAAUAUCCGAUCCGUCCCGCACAGUUUCCCAACCGACGUCGUCUCUUUGUCUUUUGUCAAGUCUGGCUUCAAUGAAAUCACAGGUGGUAGCUUCGUUCACACACCGGCCCUUCAGCUUCUCUUAUUCACUGCUAAUUCAUUUGACUUCAUUGAUGAAGAUGCCUUCCUAGGUUUGCCCCACCUAGAGUACCUGUUCAUCGAAAACAACAAGAUAGAAUCUAUCUCCCCGUUUGCUUUCAGAGGCCUGAAAGCCCUGAUACAUCUGAGCCUAGCUUACAAUAACUUGGAAACAUUGCCCAAAGAUGUUUUCAAUGGUAUGGAUGCCUUGUCGAAAGUGGAUCUGCGGGGGAACAGCCUGGUAUGUGACUGCAAGCUGAAGUGGCUGGUUGAAUGGAUGCACAGCACCAAUGCCACAGUAGAUGAGAUCUACUGUAGUGGACCCCCUGUUCAACAGGGCAAGAAGAUCAAUGAUCUCCUGCCUCAAUCCUUCGACUGCAUCACAGCAGAGUUUGCCUCCUAUCAGUCUCUGAAGUUUGAAUCCAUCUCCGUAGAGGACUUUACCUUUGGCAAAGAUCAAUAUGUUGUGUUUGCCCAACCAUUCACUGGAACAUGCAGCUUCCAGGAAUGGGACCAUGUUGAAAUGGUCUUUCGAACUUUUGAUAGUAUUGAAAGCACCUCUACUGUGGUGUGUAAACCCAUGGUGAUCGACAACCAGCUGUUCGUUAUCGUGGCCCAGCUGUUUGCUGGCUCCCACAUCUACAAACGUGACACUAGCGCCAAUAAGUUUAUAAAGAUACAAGACAUAGACAUCUUGAAGAUCCGGAAGCCCAAUGACAUUGAGACGUUCCUCAUUGAUGGCGAGUCCUUCUUUGUUAUAGCCGACAGCUCCAAGGCCGGUUCCACCACCGUGUACAAGUGGAACGGUAAUGGGUUCUACUCUCACCAGUCUCUCCACCCAUGGUACCGGGACACAGAUGUGGAGUACCUGGAGAUCUCCACCAAGCCCCACCUAAUCCUUUCCAGUAGCUCCCAGAGGCCUGUGGUCUACCAGUGGAACAAGGCCCUGAAGCAGUUUGACCGACGAACCGAUAUUCCUGAGAUGGAGGACGUCUUCGCCGUCAAGCACUUCAAGGUCAAAGGCGACCUCUUCAUCUGCCUCACCCGCUUCAUUGGUGACUCGAAGGUGAUGCGCUGGGAUGGCGCCAUGUUCAAGGAGGUCCAGACGGUGCCUUCAAGAGGCUCCAUGGUGUUCCAGCCAGUCGCCGUGGGCAACUGGCAAUACGCCAUCUUGGGCAGCGACUACUCACUGACGCAGGUGUACCAGUGGGAUGUCAAGAGUGGCCUGUUCGUUCACGCCCAGGAGCUCAACAUUCAAUCACCUAGAGCUUUCUCUUUGCUUUCCAUCGACAACAGGGAGUUCCUCCUAGCUUCCAGCUUCAAAGGGAAAUCUCAGAUCUAUGAGCACCUUAUGAUAGACCUGAGUAAUUGAGAACAGAUCUAAAGUAAAGGUAUCUUAUGACAGACCUGAGUAAUUGAUAAUG